AUGGUGCCUGGACACCUGACGAAGUUCCAGUCGAUGAAAGGUCCGAGAGAGGCCGGCGCUAACGGAAUACCCACGUAUAUUGCCCUCUGCCAUGCAGUGGUUCUAGUAACAGAUUUUUCAGAGGAUGUAGACCUGACUGGACCCCAGCGUGUUGAAGUACUCGCAGCCCAUGCUAUGAACAAGACAGUGUAUGUGCUCGACUCGAAGAAGGGGCUGAGAAAACUUCCUAACAAGAGCUCGAAUGGCCUCCUAUCUGACCGGAUUCACCGUAUUGUCAUGCAUAAGCCAAUCGAUGGGCUCGUGGAUGAGACCGACGGUAGUGGCGACAAAAUUCGUGAAUUUACCGAAGCCUUGGAUCCCAAUGGGGACGUCAAGUGGGGAAAGAAGGCUCAUAAAGGUGUUGCGUCUGAAUUGAGUGGGCCGAUGGAGGCUGCAAACGUGGGGAAUGUGGAAUAG